GCAGACAGAGUCGGAUACUCAUUCUUCCUUAUGAGAAGAUCGCCAGAUAGAGGGAGGGAAGUGGGAACCCCAAGGUUUUUGGAAGGAGAAGCGGAUAGAUGAUGGCGGGAAGUGGAGAGUCGGAAUCUGGAGGAGGAAGGAAGAAAGGGGCGAUGAAGAUUGAAGGGUACCCGGUGGAGGGGCUGUCGAUCGGAGGGCAGGAGACGUGCGUCAUCUUCCCAACCCUCAAGAUCGCCUUCGACAUUGGCCGCUGUCCGCAGCGAGCCAUCGGCCAGGAGUUUCUCUUCAUCUCCCACGGCCACAUGGACCACAUCGGAGGAUUGCCAAUGUAUGUAGCAACUCGGGGCCUAUAUAGCAUGAAGCCUCCAACUAUUUUUGUUCCCAGAUCUAUAAAGAACAGUGUGGAGAAGCUUUUUGUAGUUCACAGAGAAAUGGAUCAGUCUGAACUUAAACACACACUGAUAGGUCUAGACGCUGGAGAGGAGUUUCAGUUUCGAAGGGACCUUAUUGUUAGACCUUUCAGAACAUAUCAUGUUGUACCAAGUCAAGGUUAUCUAAUUUAUUCGGUAAAGCAGAAAUUAAAGCAGGAGUUUGUUGGACUUUCUGGAAAUGAAAUUAAGAACUUGAGAUUGUCAGGUGUGGAGGUUACCAACACAGUCAGAUCACCUGAAAUUGCAUUCACGGGAGACACCAUGGCUGAUUUUAUAGUUGACCCUGACAAUAGUGAUGUUUUGCAUGCAAAAGUUCUUAUUAUGGAGAGCACAUUCCUAGAUAAUGGGAUAGCAGUACAGCAUGCUAGGGAUUACGGUCACACUCAUCUCUCUGAGAUUGUCGGCUAUGCAGAGAGGUUCCACAAUAAAGCAAUUCUUCUUAUCCAUUUUUCUGCUCGUUACACAAAAAAUGAGAUCGAAGCUUCAAUGUCUCAGUUGCCUUCAAAUCUGUUUGACAAGGUCUUCACUCUAACCGAAGGAAUUUGAGCAGACGCUAUGAGAUGAACAUGUCAGUGGGACCAGAGAAUUAUGCUUUAUAUUUGGAUUGUCAAUCCAUCAGUUGGUUGGCAAGAGGACCUUUUCCUUGGUAGUUGCUUCCUUGGAAAGAAGGAAAUGAUAAAGGUCUGCAAAAAGAGAAGCCACUGUCUUGAUAUUGCUUUGACAAUCAUGGAUUCUUGGUCCGGAAUGGCUGGUUUAUGAUCUUAGAUUGCUUCUAGAAUAGGGUAUUUUUUAAGCUUAAUGGUUUAUGUAUUAGAAGGAUCGGAGGAAUUAUCAAUAUAAACUGGUUUAGACUGCAUAUGAAGUCUAGGCAACCUACCAAACUCAAGGCAAGUGAUAUUAAUGACUUUGGCAACACCAAUGGUGGUGCCAAACGUUGGAUUUGGUAUAGCUACAGUUUGAAAA